GCAAGAAGUGUCAAAAUCAACAGAAAAAUAUGUUAAAUUCAGUAAUUAGGUUAAUUUCUAGAUGCACAGAAACAGUAGGAAAUAAAUAAAAAUCUUUGCUUAACGUUGUUUUAGAUGCAACUAAAUCUGAAAUGGAUACUCAUACUUCAAACUCUGCCCUUUCACCAGAAGUAGCUUUGAUAAAAACCGAGACGGAUAUUGAUUUCUGCGACUCCAGUGGGGACUGGACUGGACACCUGGCAGCCAAUAAAUUAAAAGUAGAAAUCAUAGAACCAGGUGAUUUAAAUCAGGAGAAAGUAACAUGCAAGACCUGCGAGGUAAUAUUCAUUAACGAACACGAGCUAAAAAUUCAUAACAUGAUUCACUCCCCCGAUCACAACUGUUUCAUCUGCAAAGAGUUCGUGAAGAACAGGUUCCAGUUUGUGGGACACGUGCGAAAACAUAUGUGCGCUAAGCCCUUUAAGUGUCCGAAUUGCGAGAGGACCUUCCCGACUUCUAGGGAAACGAAACUACACCAACGAGUGCACAGCAACGACAGGCCUUACAUGUGUACGGAGUGCGGAAAAGCCUUUAAACAAAUCACCACCCUUAAGGAUCACGAAGUAGUACAUACCGGCGAGAAAAGGUUCAAAUGUAAAAUAUGCGAGGGCGCUUUUGCUACUGCGACAAGCCUUCGGAGACACAUAAGAGUAAUGCACGAAACCGUACGCUCCUUUAAGUGCCACUUUUGCAAGGAAGCCUUCACCAGCAAGCAGGCUUUGAAACAGCACAUGGCCAUCCAUAAGGACGUCGACCCGCUCAAGUGCCAACUGUGCGGGGAAAGGAUGGCGAACGGUCAGGAGUACACGGCGCACAAGAACAAACAUAUUGAGUUGAAACAGUCGGGGAACUGCGAGUAUUGCGGCAACAAGACGUUCUAUUUCGGACUGAAGGAGCAUAUUGAGAAGAUGCACCAGCCGAGGUAUGAUUAUUUUUUUAUUUUGUGA